AUGACUUUUUCCAUUUCCUUCACACAAAAAAAAAAGGAAGUAAAACAAGCGCGAAUCGCUACUGUGCACUCUGAGGGCUCUCAAAGGAACAACAACAGUACACACACACACCGCCCACACACACGCAUUAAUAUACUCUCAAGCGUUGCUGCUGUGAAGGCACCCCGCACACACAACCGUACUCGCGUGGCCGGAUCCAGCGAAAGGAGGAAGGAAGGAAGGAGAGAGAGUGGGCAUCAGAGGCCUAACAUGUCCCGGCAUCUCUUCCAUUCUGCGGUGCUGCUUCUCCUCGUCGUGUUAUGCGGCACCAGUGGUGCUGCGCACGCUGAGGCGAGUAAUGUAAGGGAAGCAGUUGAUGCAUUGAUGGGGAUUAAAUGGGAAAGGCUUGACAACUGGAAGGAUAUGGCCAACGCUGGUAGUAAAUAUGGCUCGCUUCGUUGUCCCAGCCUCGUUGAGGUCCAGGGUCAUGUAUUUGCUAUUGCUGAGGCCCGUUGCAAGGAUGAAGACAAGUGCAGCGACUUCAGCUUUACUGGGAUUGCGUCAAAGCACCUUGUUUUAAACGUUGAUGCUGGUCCAACGGAGUUCUCGACGGCGGAUGCGAGUAUCUUUGGCGCAGGUCUUCUAAAGGAAGGUUCUGAGGGCAUCAACACCUCAAACGGCGUAACGCGACCAACGACACUUGUACUUGGGGACAGUGUUUACGUGCUCCUGGGAAACUACAGCCGUACAAAGCAGGAGUUUGAAGGUAAGAAUGAGCGGGGCCUUUUACUCGUGAAGGGAACUGUCACUGAAGAUGAUGGAAAGAAGCAAAUCAGAUGGAAUGAGACCCAUGUGGUGAACCCUCAAGGCAAAGGAAAAUCUCUUUCCUUGAAGAAGUUGAUUGGCGGUGGAGGACCGGGUGUUGUGAUGCGUGAAGGCGCGAUUGUGUUUCCCAUGCAGGCCAAAGGCGACGAUGGAGAGGGCGUUUUACUGUCCAUGAGUUUUAACCCGUCAAAGAAGAUAUGGGAGCUUCCAUUCGAGACGCCUGGUAACGGCUGCAGGGAUCCAACCCUGGUGAAGUGGGAAGAAGGCGAAGACGACGAAAGGCUCUUCAUGAUGGCUCAUUGUGCUGGAGGCUACUAUGACGUUUACAUGUCCACUGAGAAUGGAGGCAAUUGGUAUGAUCACUUAAAACCAAUUACCCGCGUGUGGGGCAACUCACAUGGUCGAACAGGGUACGGCGUCCAGAGUGGAUCCACCACCGCAAUCAUUGAGGGAAAGAAGGUGAUGCUCAUCACCGCGCCGGUGUAUCAGAAGGACAAUAGACAAAAAGGUCGGCUCCACCUUUGGCUGACGGACAAGGCACGCGUGCAUGAUGUUGGGCCGGUAUCCCGUGAAAAUGAUGACGCCGCCGCCAGCUCGCUGUUGAUGAAGAGUGGGAAUGAAAAGUUGAUCUCAGUGUACGAAAACAAGAAUGGCGAUGACGGGUCAUACAGUCUUGUCGCCGUGAGCCUGAGGGAUCAGCUGGAGCGGAUCAAAUCCGUGGUGAAGACAUGGGCGGCUUUGGACACCGCCUUUGAAUCAUGCCGUUCCGGUUCCAGUGCCACUGUUGACUUGCCAACGAAAGGUAUUUGCAAUGGUCCCGUUCCCACUGAUGGGCUUGUUGGCUUCUUGUCUGGUAACUUCUCUGAUAACAAAUGGAAGGACGAGUACCUCUGCGUGAAUGCCACAGUCCAUGGGUCAGCGGAAAAAAGGAGAGAAGUUCCCAAUGGACUGACGUUCAAAGGAUCAUGGGCGGAGUGGCCUGUUGGUGACAUGGGGCAGACUGUGCCGUACUACUUUGCAAACAGUGAGUUCACUCUUGUGGCGACGGUGUCCAUCCACGAGGUGCCGAAGGAAGGCAGCAGCCCCAUUCCUUUGAUUGGCGUGAGGAUGAAUGACACCAAAAGCACGGCCCUCCUUGGUCUGUCGUACACCCAUGAAAAGAAGUGGUUGGCCAUAGCGGAGGGUGCUGGUGAUGCGGAGGAUGUUGAUGAGUGGGAACCAAACAAGACGUAUCUUGUGGGACUGCAAAUGACUCUUGAUGAAUGGACUAUCAUUGUAGAUGGAAAGGAAAUCCACAACACGAAAUAUAAUAAGAGUCUGUUUGACUUGCACAGGAUCUCACACUUCUACAUCGGUGGGGACAGUAAGGACCGAAGUGCAACGGGCGGCCAUGUGACAGUUACUAACGUCAUGCUAUACAAUGAGAAACUGUUUGGAAGUGAACUGCAUAAACUCAAUGCCAGCAAAGUCACUAUUCCAUCACUGGAUGUUGAGGAACAACCCACAGGACAGGUGGCUGGCACAGACGUCUCAGUUGCUUCCGAGUCAAGGAGUGAAGAAAGCACUGCCAUCUAUGAGGAAUUGACUGAGGAUUAUACUGAUGAACUAGAGGAAGAAAGCGUCGAUGAUCCGGUGCCUGCAGCGCCCCCUUCCACGGUUGCCGCGGGAUCAUCUGUUCGUGAACCCGCAAUGGCAGCGGAGAGUGCAGGGAAUUCUCUUCCAGAGAACAAUGCCCAGCUUUCCAAGGGCGAAACGUCUCAGCAAGCCACGCUGAAUGAAGACAGUGAAUCGAUGCAGCGGGAUUCGAAGGUGUAG